AUUAUAAGAUAAGUUGACACCGGGAGAGGCGUUGACACAACUUUUCUAGUCAUUCUUUUCUGAAGCAUCAACAGGGUUAGGGGUUUUGUUAAGCUAAUACGUCACCAUCCAUCCGGAUCAUUCAUAACUUUUCGUGCAUAGGAUAAGAGUUAAAUCCCUGUGCGUGACUGACUGCUGAAUACAAAACACAAAUUUUAACACCAUAACACGAAUUGAAUAUUAAUCGAACUAUUUCUUUUGUAAACUGGGAGGGCUUCACCGGUGGGACAACAAGAAUCAACAUCUCUGUAUCUCACGGAGUAGCGUCACGGUGUCUGCGACCAGUUGAUUAGCAAAUCUGGAAAAUAAAACGAGACACAAAGUGCAAGAAGGUCCUAUCUUACUGAUGAAGAGGUUCAUCAAUAAACCAUUAUAUUUGAUAUUCGAUUGUGGAUGUGUACUCAACGCGCGUAAACAAAUCCAAAUUGAUAUGAUAUGAAGGUACUUUUGUACGCUGAAGAAUGUUAUCUACUAUAUGUUCUUCGAAGUGAUGUAGAUCCGAAAAUGCAACAUUCGUGACGGGUCGUGCGCCGUGUUCAAGAAUUGGACUGCUCGAAAACCACAUGCAGACAGCCUGGACAGAAUCCUAGCGCGGUUUGAAUUAGUUUGAUGACGACGAUGAUUUUCACAUUGUUGGUCACAUACAGCCAUGACAUGACAUCGAAAAACCGACAAUCGACGGAGGACGACAUCGGCCUUCCAGUCCUGCGAAAGUCGAUAUCCGAGCCACGGCUACUGAAGGACGUCGUCGAUCACCGCUUGGAGAGGCAACAUCACAGGCAUGCCGUCUCGGCGACGCCGAGGAUACUGACCACAAACGGACUGUCACCUCGGCGACGUACGAUCGUUCUCAACCAUGACAAGGAAUCGCAAUCUCCCAAGGACGGUCCGUCAGCGGUUGCUGCAGAUCGCAGCAUCGACAUGAUCAACCCACGGAACUUUCCCGUCGUAAUGACGAAGAACUUCCUCCGACGGCGUGCAAACACUGCCGACAUUCACGGCCAGGAAGAGACGACAAAUAACGGCCGACAAAACGGCAGACCGAAUGUCGACACGAACGGAAAAUACGGAUCCCCUGUCUCAGGAUCCGAGGCUAGCGACCGACCCCAAGGAUCCGUAAAACGUGGAGAACAAGGAUCGAAUCGUAUGCGGUCGCAGUUUGUAGAAGGGAAAACGAAAAACGGUGUUGUCUUGCCCGACGUAUCUCCCUGGCGGAAGUCUGAUGGGGGUAGUGUGCUUGCGGCAUUUCCUGGGAAUAAAUCCGACUUACGUGGAGGUCGGAGCUCGGCUAUUUCGUCCUGUUCGUGGCAGACCUACCCUCUUUCUUCCAGACCUUUCAGCAAUCGAGGAUCUAAAUAUUUAAGAGGCGAUCGGCGGAUGUUACCAUCAAAUGGAUUCAUCCCCCAAUCCAACAGUGGUUACCCCACCAACACAAACUCUCGUAUACGAACUAGAUUUACUACUCCUGGUCAACGGGAACACGUGCCUCAAUUGAGCACCAACGAAGAUACACCGGAUCCUAACAAUGCGACACAACUCCCCGCCGACGCGGCCACGUCCGUUCUCGUCGGCAAACCCACGACGGAGCCCCUCCAACGAAAACGGGCGGCGACGGCGAACGACCUACAGCAGAAGAACGCGGCCAGCGAAUUCGUCGAUGAACUGGUGGAGACGGUGAUCGAUGAGGACGAGAAUCGAAAUUUUCGCGUUCGUGAUUGGCUGUCGUCGUUGGAUAGUACGCUGUGCCAGAGAUACGCGAGGAGGCAAAUGGCCAGUCUGAGGGAAUAUGAAUUGUCCAAUCAUAAAUCGUGAUAGCCAUUCAGUCAUUGCAAUCCUACAAGUGGUGUUGUUAGGUGUACACACCAGUCACCGGUGUUAAAUUUUGUGACAAUUCAACACUUAUAGGUGUUAUCAAAACACCUUCGGUUAUUGUUUUUACACUCUUUGGUGUUGUGUUGAAUUUCUAGAGUGUAAUUUUAUCACUUCAUGGUGUGGUCCCCUAAGGAUACCAACUGAUAUCAAUUUUAACAUUCCAGGGUCCCGUAACUCAAAGGUUAGCGAUUGAUGGUACGCUUGAUUUUGACGAUUGAUUGUACAUUGUAGUCUAUGAAAUCAAUUGUAGAUACGUUCAUUGUUAAUCUUUGUGUAACGGGGCCCCUGUAUUUACAGUGAUUACGGUAUGGUGUUAUCAUUAUGAUGUCGAAAGUUGAGGCAACACCAAUAGGCCUUUCAAUUACACAUUGAUUAUGAUGAGAUUAUAAUGUUAUUUGCACGAUGCUUGACACCAAGAGUAAGAUGGGCAAGGAACUGGAUCCAAAGCCCCUAGUUUUUUUUUUAAUCAUGAUGACUGUGUCAUCUGGACAAAGUCACUUGCACAAGAGCAUUUAGAGCGUGACGAGGUGCAACUUACUGAUGUUGUCCCCGGCAUUUGGUUUUUUUUUUUCGCUGCAAGACGCACAACGGAUUCAACAGCAAAAUGUGUUGUCAAAUGCCCUUUAUGACAAUGAACAACCAAGAAAUCUUUGUUAAAAAUUGGUAAAUCACAACAAUAGUUUCAUCCUGGAUUACGGACAAAAUGACAUAUUGUGGUGCAGUUUAUCGUCAGCACCGAAACUUUGGACGAAUCUGCAGUUCCAGUUUACCAAUUUUCGACAAAGACCUCCCAGCUGUUCAUUGUCAUAUGAAGGACAUUUUCAAUAGAUUUACUGUGUUCUUGAAUCUGUCAUGCGUCGUAGAAGCGGAAUGCUCUCUGUUAUCCUCAUGAAAAGCAAAGUGAAGUUAUUAUGAAUGCUACAAUCUUUUCAACAAUUUAUUUCAUGGUUCCCAUCACUGGCGGAUCCAGGGGGGGGGGGCAAAGCAUGCCCGCCCCCCCCCCCUUUUUGAGAGGCAUAAUAAAAGAAUGUAAUGCAAAUAUGCUGCUUUACCCAAGUGUACCCCCCCCCCCCCCUUUUGAAACUUAGGAACUUUUUUUUUUGCUUGUCAAGUUUUUCACGGACAUAAUGACCUUUAAUUUUAGGUGAAAACCGGGAAAAUGUGCCUCCCCCUUGGAUCCGCCCCUGGUUCCCAUGGAACUUUAACUCACUUUUAAUUGUCAUGUUGCAUGUUUUAAAACAGAAGGCCGCGUCAAAUAUAGUUUAAUUUGGAUGCUCCAUAUUGCAUUACAACCUUGAAAUAAAUGACAUUGAGAUUUGAUGUGGCACGUCGUUUUCUUAUUCAAUCCAAUUCACUGUUUUCAUGAAUAAUCUAGAGUUUUUUUUUAAUUUUUCACUCAGUGGCGUAUAUAUCUUACAUUAGGAGCAAGCGCCGCCCCUACAAACAAACAAACCAUCAUUCUUUUUACAUCUGACCCUGGGUAAAGUGCUACAAACGAUAAAUAUUGCUUGUUUCCACAUUUGAUAGUAGUACCUGUAGUUUUCUAUUUUGGGGAUUUCGUUAGACCACAGUGUUUUCUUUAAAGCAUCCUAUCUCCGACUCUUUUGCGCCCAGUAAGAUACGUACGUAUUUUUUAUCACAGGUCGAUGUACUAUUAUUCAUUUUCAACAUUCAUUUCCAGAUCAUACAUCACAAUUGACUAUUCAAUUUAUGUAACGCAUAGCAUAUAGGCUACAAGAAACACGUCAUGUACUACGUUUAAUAAACUAUUCUUAGUCAUUCGCACUGGUAUUUUGGGGGUCUGCCCAUAAUCUAUUUCGAGCAACAAUGAAGAUGUUUUCCAAUGUUUCUGGAUAUUUUCUUUCAAUACACUCACCAUAUUAACUUCUGAAACUUACACCAAUGAGAGAGUAUCGAUGAUUUGCCAAGCAAUUUGAAUUAGUCUAGACACAGUCACGAGAUACUACAUUUAAUUUCAUUGCGUGCUUUGAAGCACUAAGAGGAAUGCUAAUAAUUCAGAAGGAAUAAUGGGGGACUCUGGGCGCAAGCAGGGGCGACCAC